UUACAAUUUUCUAUUAAUGCAAAGUUCUGAAUUUAUAGAAGAUCUAAAACCCCCUAUUUUAAAAAAGUUAUGGAGUAUGUGUUCAAAUUAAAGUGAUUGGGAUCGUUAAAGACAUUCUCCGGUCUAACUUUAAAAAUGGUAAAAGAAAUAUUUAAUGAUAGGAAUUCCUUUAUUGAUGCUGAAGCAGUUCCUGAAUAAUCACCUAUAGUUUAAGCAGAUACAAAUAAUAUUCAUGAAGAAAGUGCAAAAGUAGAAUAAAAUGUACAAGAAUAGAAAUAAGAAAUUAAAUAAGAAGAAUUCUAACCUUGUAGUUGUUAAAAGACUCAUUGUUUGAAGAUGUAUUGUUCUUGUUUUCAUAAUGGGAGAAACUGUGGAAAAUAAUGUAAAUGUGAAGAAUGUAAUAAUACAGAAGAAUUUAAAAUGUAAAGAAAUUAAGCUAUGGAUUAUGUAAAGAGAAAAGCAAAUAGAAAUAAGAAGAUUCCAAAAGAAAAAAUAUUUGAAACUAAUGAAAUAUGGGGAUGUAAUUGUUCUAAAACUAGAUGUGUUAAAAAAUAUUGUGAAUGUUUUAUAAGAGGCAAAAAGUGUACUGUAGAUUGUAAUUGUGAUCAUUGUGAUAAUGGAAAAGAUGAAGAUCUAUUCAAUGAAAUAAAAAAACAGAAUGAAUAAUCUAAUAUAAAAAAAAGGAUAAGAAAAGAAAGACAACCUAUAAUGUGAUUGUUUAUAUACUCC